AUGGCCACUCACGCUCCUGCUCAGGUUCCUGCCGACUCUGCAGACGCGCCGCGCUUCCCUUCGACUCUGGCGCCGGACGCAUACUACGAGGGCCUGGUCGACCGUCUUCGAACCGCCCUCCUCCCGACCCUCGACCCCUUCUUCUCCUCCCUCUACUCCUCCUCAUCGCCUCUCGUCCUCGAACUAGCCUCAGGCAACGGCACCCACGCCGCUCUCUUCACACGCACCUACCCCUCCCUCUCCAUCCAACCAACCGAAUGCGACUCGUUCGGCGUCAAGAGGAUUGAUCAGACUGUUGCGCGGGAGGGAGCGGAGAGGGUGAGAGCGGCGGUCAAGGUCGAUGUCAUGAGUGAGGGUGAUUGGGAGGGGCUGGGGAGGAAGUUGAGAGAGGAGGAGGGGGAGGGGAAGCGGUAUGACCUUGUCUUUGGGUCGAAUUUCCUGCACAUGGUGCCCUUCCCCGACGCACCGCAACGCAUCUUCCGCCGCCUCCUCGCCCACUCACUGCUCACACCCUCCGCAAAAGUCCUCAUCUACGGACCCUUCAAGUCCGACACGGGCUUCUUCUCCCGCUCCGACGAGUCCUUCAACGAGGCGAUCGCAGCCCGCCCCUCCCCCUACCCACUCGGCCUACGCUCUAUCGACGCCCUUGCAAGGAUCGCAAGAGAGGAAGGGUGGAAAUUGAGCGAGAGGAUUGGGGUUGCGAAGGGGAAUUGGGUGUUGGUUUUCGAGCAGGAGAGGGAGGGGAAGUAG